CCCUUUUGUCGUUUGCAGUUUACAUGCUUUUGUCCUGAACGAGCAUUGGGUUCUCAGCUGCCAUGUUCUAUGACGACUAAGUUGUGGCAUCGCACACCUAGCAUUGUAUUAUAGGUACCUUUCUCUCAGCCAAGGUCUUGGAGCAUGUCGAUAAGCGGGCAUGAUGCAGCAAAACAGGACGAGUAUCAAACGCUGGUUUCGAAAGGCAAGCAAACGAACUUCAGGAUGAAGUUAUUCCUCAACCCAGGACAAUACAAUGCGUCACCAUCAUGCCACGGGUGAAACCUAUAUCGGUCAUGAACCUUGCUCAGCUGCCAUGUUCUGUCCUUUCUUAGGCUACCCCAGCAGCGAGGCUCACCGGGCAACUCGAUGAUGUGUUUGCAUCGGGUCGCCCCUGGGGUCAUCUAUAAGAACUCCCCGGACCUCCCUACUGCAUGUGUCUAGUAAGAAUUCAGCAUCAACUCUCUACCUUCGCGAAACAUAUAUACUCCCUGCUUUCAGAGCCCGACCUUCCCAGUAGUACUCCGGCUCUACAGCAGUCGUUCUUCAGUUUUUCUGUUUUCUGCUCCGUAUCCAGACGUGUCGUCGACAGCAACCGCAACCUCUAUAGCUUGUCAAACAUGGAGAGAGCUCCCCCGGUUCCCAAUCACCUAGGUGGCCAGCCAGGAGAGGCUCCUCAAAGCUUGAACCCGCCUCAUCCCGAGGACAUUGUCAACUCUUUUCCCGGACCUGCCCCAACUUUCAACAACUGCCACAUCGUAAACCUAUCUUUACAUCUUGGCGACAGAGAGACCAGUCCCCAGCCGUCAUCCCAGACCCUUUCUAGCAACACGACAUCACCAAGAGCGGCCUGGUUCCCUGAACGUCACGAACAACUCGCCCAUAGACCUAUCAGCCCUGUCUCCAAGUUCGUAUCACCUCCCGCGUCACGCCCUCUACAUGUAACUCCAGCGCAUUUCACCUGGCGUAGCCGAGUGAGGGUCCCUUUGACGCCUCCGCCGGUCCGGCACCGCCCUCCCAUCCAGCCAUCCACAUUCCCGCAGCGGCCGCACCCAGAAACGGCCGGGAUCAUCGGCCAGUCGCGGGCACGGCACGCACCACCAGCGACUCCUUUCCUCCGCAACCGCAGCCUCGACCUUUCCACCGACUCAGACUCGUACGAUGACUGGCCCACAUCUUGCGGCUCUCCCUGUGCCGAUGCGCACGCCGGGACGUCCAAACGCGCCUCCUCACCGCAGCCCAUGCCGAGAUGGCCGUUACCUGGCCGACUGCGAUCCGUUUCGCCGCACCCCUUCCGGCUUCCCAGCCCCAUGGUGCCGCCGCCACCAUAUCAUAGCAGACCCUCGCAUCUUGAUGAGGAUGUACAGAGGCUAAUCCGGCCACUCAAGGAUGGCCCCCGUGCUAACCCAGAAGCAAACCAUAACCACAACCAUACCCAGCCGCAGACCCCGCUGGCCCCCUCAUCCCUCCUCCGUGAACGUCCCGGCCCAAGCCCCAGACCCGGACCUGGACUCCCUGGUACCAGCUCCAGCAUCACAGGGAACCCUCACGCCACCCGCCACCGUCACUGCACACCCGCGGGGCAUGCAGACCAUUCCGAGUGGCUAUACCGGCCAUUCACGAACUGGACAGAUGCCGAUUUCGAAGCACACAUGAACCGUACGGACCCGCAAAGUCAACCACCGGCUGUUCCAUCGUACCCUCUCCGCAAAAAGCCAUUCAAGCCCUGGACCCGUCCCGAUCUCGAAGCAUACAUCAACCGUACCGAUCCGCAGGUUUUAUCGUCCCUUCUUGGCGGACCUCUCAACCCCAGCCCUGAACCCAUCCCUGUCCCUGUCCCAAGCAACACGCCGGAACAGGAUCACCACACCCGGGCCAGCACGUCCACCGUGACCGGCGGCGACGACGACGACAAUCUGGACGCUCAGGACCAAGACCAAAAACAAGCGGCUUCCCAUCCCUAUAACCAGGCAAUGCUCGACCGACUGCGGCGACUGGAGGAGGCUGCUCCGGUUCAAUCACAACCAGAACCGCAACCGCAACCGUCACAGCCAUGGGCCGGCUUGACUGCCCCGGUACCAGUGCCUAACCACAGGAUGCGUAGCUGGCAAAAAUUUGCGGGCAGCUGGGUUGAUGGUAUUCGCGGUAGCAGGGUGAGUGGUAGUGGUUAUGACGAUGCCCCCCGGGUUGAGGGGAAUGGACUCAGACUCGGGCCCGUGGGGUCUGGGAGACCAAGACCUGUCGGGGGAUACUAUGCAGGGCUGGGCCCGAGCCUGGAAGGUGGAGGAACAGAGAGCGAUGCUGCUGCCCGUCAAGGUCGUGCCGAGGUUGUAGCUGUGGGCCGGAGGGACGCUGCCCCGGGCAUGCCAGGCAGUGUCACGAGCGGGAAGGAGGAUGACUGGGUUGAUAUUGGCCGUGCUGGAGGGUCUGGCCUGCUGCAGCAGCCUGGACCGAGACCGAUUGGUGGAGAACGGGAGAGGAGUGCUGCGAAGAGUGCUAGAGAGGCAGAGCUCAUUGCCAGCUGCCUGGAGCCUUUGGCUGAUAAACCCAGAGCGGAGGGUAGCCAGCGGAAAGCUAGGGUGGAAGAAGAUCAAGAGUCCUUGGACGGACACUGAGCCUAGGGACAGCUGCUCGGGACGCAGGGUUGUUGGGUGCUGGAGAAAACGAGAGGUUUGACUGAGAGGAUGAUAUAGGGUUGGUAUGCGCUGAGUUACAUGAGUCUUCAGCGUAGCUUUUAGCAUUAGUCAAUGACUUCCCAGAAUCUGGGUGACAUGAAUAGACGGGUGACCCUGAUUUCAAACCUGUGAUCCCUUUCCACUCGGCAAAAGUCACAGACAACAGGAAACGGUAGGUAAAUCGAUUCUAACCUUCCAACUGUGUCCUGUACUUCAAGGUAGGCGCUAUCUAUGCCGUCACCCG